AAUUCAGAUUACAUUUCAGAACAAAUUGCUUCAGACCAGCGAGUCCUCUGUAGACAGCGAAUGUUAGUCAUGCUCAACUGUGGUGUAUGCCCACAAGGCAGUUUCAGUGAAGAGGGAUGCAUGGAGGGUAAGGUGGAACCUGGAAGAAUAGAGGUGUUCAGGAUCAUCUCCUUCUGAAGGUUUCAUUGCAGUGCAUGCAAAAGUAAUGAUCCAAGUUUUCUAUCUGCAAAUACGAGUGACUGGAUUGGCAAAUUGGUCAGAAAUGAUUGCUUGUUACAUGAAAAGAGGAACAGACUUCUCUAAAUAUCUUCCUGUAUGUAAAAACACCAUGUUUUCUGACUUUCUGUACAGAUUACUGCGUUUGGGCUGUGGUAUUUGUUGGUGGUGGUGGUGUCUUUUUUUUUUUUUAAUGGUGCAUAUGACUGGGUUGCCCUCUAAGGAGUAUCUAUAUGUACCAAAGAUGCUACUUUAGAACUAUGCAUGUAUACCUUAUGUACACGUGUAUCUUAUGUACGUACAUGAACUGUAUGUACAAUUUUGUGAAUAUAACCAAUGCAGCUUAAAGAUGAUAGAUUAAGCUAUCUUCCUUUCUAAGAUAUUUAGAAAAAAAAAAUGAAGACACAGGGAUAGUAAGGAUACUUUGUAAAUAAAGCUCUGAUUUUUGUCCUUAAACAAUCUUAGGACAAAUUACUAUUUAAAAAUCAAUAAAAUUCAAAUGAUCCAUAAUACUGCAGGUUAAGUCAUCACUGCACUGAAGUUGAUGGCAAAGCAUUUAUUAUUUUGAGCAACAUUACAUGCUGUCUCGGGUAAAUAAGUUUUUGUUGUUUUUAAUAAGAGAUACUUUAUAAAUAACUGUUCUUUUAAAACAAUCAUCUACAGAUGGGCUAUUUUGUACAUUUCUUGUAUCUGUCUUAUUUGAGGUUUUAAGAUCACAUUUCCUGAUCAAAAUCAUAUUCUUACAUCAAUGCAUGUGGUGAACACUGUGGUAUUCACACUUUUGGAUUCAAAUAGUUAAACAUAACAAAUUGUUUAUGUCGAAUGUUCACAUACACCUUGGAAGUCUCUGGCUAGCUAGUAAUACUAACAUUUUCACAACUUUAAAGAACAGGAUUUUCAGGACUAACUUCUGGUACCUUCACUCACUUUGAGGUAUGUAAUUCAACAAAUAGACAAAACUGAACUGGACAGCACUGCUUGCAGUAAUAUGCCAGUUAGAAGCAGUGUAUCUGAGUCAGAUUUUUUAGGGCACUAAAUAAUCUUUGUCCUUCUGACAAGUGUGUUUGUGUUAGGAUCAGUCCUUCACAACAUUUAUGCCUAUCCUUUUGUGAAAAUGCAGAGAACCUUGGGAAGCACAUUAAACAGGCUAAAUGUUCAGAAAGCGCUGCCUGUGCUUGUGGUCGCUGUCACCUCUUACAUCAGCAGUCGGCUGCUGAGCACAGCCUCUGCUGCGAGAGGCACUGCUGCGCCCGAGCGUUAAUUAAGCUCCCAGCAAACGUUUCCGUGGCUUCAGGCAGCACUGGUCGUUCCCCGAAGGUUCCCUGUUCACGUAAAAAGGAGGAAAAAGAAAAGAAACUGGCUCUUCAAAACAAGAUGUAUUGGCAAGUCAUUCUGACCACGGCUGUGCUGUUGGGCUUCAUUCAUGCAGCAGUUGCCCGUUGUAUGGUCCAUCAGAUUCUUCCCAGGAACUUUACAUUACCCUGUAUGUUGCUGAAUGAGACAGUUUUGAGUCCUUUCUCUGCUGGAGUUGUAGAGAGCUGGUCUGGUUUGAGGACAGAGCGUGGAGCUGCUGAAACCAACCCUCCCUUGCUAAUGAAUGAAGAAAGUUUUCUGUGUUGCCUUUGGAGUGAUAACAACAUUGAUUGUUCUUUGUACAGAGCAAGCAUGCAGCCAAGGAUGUUUAUUCCUUCAGAAAUAAGCAUCUCUGCUUCUCAGGAAAGAGAUUCAAAUUGGAACAUUGAAUGUUGGAUUAAAGGCAAGCUGGAUCUGUUAGUUUGUAGCCUCCGGUUUUUGAAGCUACACUUGGGACCUGAUUUGAAGGUUAAUCUUUUAUAUGCUGUAUCGGAUCUGCCGCUGGGAGAUGCAUCUACGAGCUCUCUAAAGGGGACUGCCGUGGCUGCUCAGUGUGGCUGCAGUGAGUAUGGCAAGUGUGAAUGCUGCGUGCCUUCUCCGAGACUCAACUACACCUACAUCAUGUGGCUGAAGAUUGUCACUGGGGUAACACCUCUUUGGUCACCUUUGAUGGCAGUCAAGCCCAUAGACAUCGUAAAGCCUGAACCUCCUUUGAACCUGCAUCUAGAAAUGACAGAGAAAGGUGAAGUGAAGAUCUGCUGGUCUGACCCCGUGCUGAUGCCAUAUCCCCUCCAGUACGAAGUGAACAUCUCUGGAAACGCAGGUCAAAACAGCUGGCAGGUGGUUCAAGUUGCUUUAAACACCUCACUGGCCAUAGACAAUUCGCUGCUCGAUUCCUCCUAUUUCGCUCAAGUGCGGUGCAAGAAUCGUUAUGGUCCAGGGUUCUGGAGUGACUGGAGCACACCAUAUAAUCUGAAAUUGGGAGCUGAAGUCUUGUACUUCCCUUCUAAGAUACUGACCAGUGUUGGUUCUAAUGUUUCAUUUCAUUGCAUCUAUAAAAACAAAAACAAGAACGUAUUGUCAAGGAAGAUUGUUUGGUGGCUGAAUUUAGCAGAAGAAAUCCCAGAAAGUCAGUAUACGCUUGUGAAUGAUCGCGUAAGCAAAGUUACUCUUUUCAACUUGAAAGCAACAAAACCUAGAGGAAAUUUCUUCUAUAACGCAUUGUACUGUUGUCAUCAAAAUAGGGAAUGUCAUCAUAGAUACGCUGAAUUAUAUGUAGUAGAUGUGAAUAUCAAUAUCAAAUGUGAAACUGAUGGGUACUUAACUAAAAUGACUUGCAGAUGGUCCACAAACCCAAACACUUUGCUCGUGGGGAGUUCCUUGCAGUUAAGAUACUACAGGAGCAAAAUUUAUUGUCCUAACUUUCCAAGUAUCCCUCCAGAAUCAGAGGUGAAAGAAUGCCUUUUACAGAGGAAUCAUUCUUAUGAGUGCAUAUUUCAGCCUAUUUUUCUUUUAUCUGGAUAUACCAUGUGGAUAGAGUUUAAGCAUUCGCUAGGAACACUUGAGUCCUCACCAACUUGCGUCGUUCCAGCAGAUGUGGUGAAGCCACUUCCUCCCUCUGACAUUAAAGCAGAGAUCACCAGAAAUGAUGGGCUGCUGAAUGUGAGCUGGACAAACCCUGUGUUUACAAAUGAUGAUCUUAAAUUUCAGAUUCGGUAUGCUGAGAACAGGGAAGAACUAACAUGGGAGCUGUAUGAAAUUUCAAAUGUGCCAACAAGAUCAGCUAUGAUAAAGGUUCAGAAACUCUGUGUUGAGUAUGUUGUUCAGGUCCGCUGCAGAGCACUGGAUGGUUUAGGUUACUGGAGCAACUGGAGCAGAUCAGCUUAUGCAGUUGUGAGAGAUAUCAAAGCUCCCUUACAAGGCCCUGAGUUUUGGAGAGUUGUUGUUGAAGAUCCAGCAAGGAGGCAGAAAAAUGUUACCCUCCUGUGGAAGCCACUGAUGAAGAAUCACUCAUUGUGCAGUGUGAGCCGAUACAUUAUAAAGCAUCAGACAUCAGAAAACGCCACGUGGUCAGAAUAUGUCGAUAAAGGCACUACCUGUUUAUUUCCAUGGACUGAACACACACAUACCAUUACAGUUUUAGCCAUGAAUUCAAUUGGAGUUUCUUCAAUUAAUUUUAAUUUAACUCUAUCACAGCAAUUGAGCACAGUGAAUGCUGUGCAGUCACUCGUUGCUUACCCAGUGAACAGCACUUGUGUGAUUUUGACUUGGACGCUUUCACCUCACACAUAUGUGAUAACAUCUUUUGUUAUUGAAUGGAAAAACCUUAACAAAGAAGAGGAGAUGAAAUGGGUGCGAGUUCCUCCGAAUACUAGUAAAUAUUAUAUUUAUGAUCACUUUAUUCUUAUUGAGAAGUACCACUUCAGCCUGUACCCCGUGUUUGCUGGAGGAGUUGGCAAAUCCAGAGUGACAGAUGAAUUUACCAAAGUUCCAGAUGGAUAUGAAAACCAGAAUAAUGCUAGCCUCUAUAUGGUUCUGCCAAUAGUUAUUUCAACCUUGGUUUUGUUGCUUGGAGCAUUGCUGAUUUCACAGCAAAGAAUGAAGAAGCUGUUUUGGGAAGAUGUUCCAAACCCCAAGAAUUGCUCCUGGGCACAAGGAGUUAAUUUUCAGAAGCCUGAAACUUUUGAGCACCUUUUUAUCAAGCACCCCGAAGCAAUGUCAUUUGAGCCUCUUCUUCUGGAACCAGAAAUAGUGCUGGAAGACAUCAGUGUUACCAAGGCAUUGAAACAAGAAGAUACGCAAGAUUUUUUAGUAAUUAAUUCAAUGUUUACAAAAAUUCAAGACUCUGAACACGACUCUGCUUGUUCUAGCAGCCAUUUCACUAGCAGCAGCUUCUCUGAGAGCUUUCACAAUGACCAAAUCGCUGGAGAAAUUACAAGGCAGUCCGACAUAAAAUAUGCUACUAUUAUCAGCAGCUCCAGAUCCAGUGGGCUUUAUGAAGAGAAGAAGAAUCUCAGGAGUUGUUUUGAGAGAUGCUUCUUAGCUGAAGAUUCCUUAGUUGCAGGUGCUUUCUCAAGUAGCUCUUGGGAGGUGGGAAACCAGGCUUUUCUCCUGCUGCCUGAUCAGCCUGGCAGUCGGCCCAGCAAGACUCUUUCCCUUUCCCUGAUUUCUUCAGAGGGGUUUUCAGAGCCUUCAGAUCAGGAUGACGCCUUCACAGAUGGAGGCAGUCGUGAGCGAAGCCUCUAUUACCUGGGGAUAGCAUCACUUGAAAAAAGAGAGAGUGACAUUUUUUUAACAGAGAGUUCCGGAGUGAUGUGUCAGUUCCACACAGCUGAUCUGCUCAGAGACGUGGGGUUCCUUCAGAACACGCCUCCUAGUUUAAAUGCAUUUAUCCAAAGUAGCUUUAAGUAUAAAGCCAUUGUGCCGUACAUGCCUCAGUUCCAGAUGCCUGCCGCCAAGGUGCAAGACGCCACAGAGAACAACUCUUAAGUCAUCACACCAUAACUUGAUGCUCAUCGUGGCUUUUUAGGUGUUGAUAUGUUCCCCCAUUUCCCCUCUCCUGACUUCUUUCAGGAGCUCUCCUGUUUGGAAGUUGGGUGACUAAUCCUGUAUUUGAGUCCCAGGAUUUCAGCAGGAAGAAAUUCUGUUUCUUGACCUAAUUGACCUGAUUUUCACAUGAGGGGCCUUCCUUUAUAUAUUUGAUAUAUAAAUAUAUUCAAAUUAGCCUCUGGUGCCAAAUAGUUUAUUCCUGUUACGCGCACAUCCGAGCACCCCGGUGCAGAACUGCCCUUGCCAUUGGACUUUGUGCCACAGGCGUUGAAGUGAGGGCUGGCUGGGACCAAACACGGUGCUCAGCCCAGAGGCUCCGUGCCGCGGGCUGUGCCAGGAUGGGACCGAGGGCAGCUUUGCCAGCCCUCAGGAGCCGUACCUGGUGCUGCUCCCGUGGCUCGUGUGUGGGCAGAGCACAGCAGCCCCGGCUGGGUGGCCUCAGCGUGUGGCAGGAGCCUUCCUCCAGCUGGGAGAGGCAGAGGAGCUGGGUGUGGAGACUCCCAAACACUACUAAAUGGCUGGGAAGGGUUCAAGCAAUGUCCCUCAAAUAAACACAGCUCCAGUUUCAUGCACUUGCUGAAUGACACUGUACAGCCUUCUUGUGGCUUGCACCCAGUUCUGUGCCAGCGGGCUCCUUCCAGUUUGUCACUGCCAAACAUCUUUGGGGGCAUAGCUCGUCUGUUGGCAGUACAGAUCCAUGCACACGUUUCUCUCUGUUUAGGAGGAAGAAAAUCUCUAUUUAACAUGUUGGCCAACAGCAGUGAAAGAGCUCGCUCUUGCUCUAGGUUUUAUUGGGGAGUCCAAGGGCGAGACAGAAAGGAGUGACCUAAUCCAUAGCGUUAAAGAGCAUAUUGAAGCAGAAGGUGCCUACAUUUUGUCUGGGGGGGAGAAACUCUGAUGUGUACAAACUCGGAUACUGUACAAGUACCAGUGGCUUUUUUUGUUCGUUUGUUUCUCCAAAAUCCUGAUAUAUUGAUUGCUUUGCUGGCACCUGCAUUUAAUUGAGCCUGUGGGUACCCAGAUGGUCCACAUGAGAAAGCCGUCAGAAUUCUGCCCUUCAGUGGUUGAAAGGGAGGCCAGGACCAGUGGAGGCAAACUUGGGGCUCUUUUUACGUUGUCUCUUUUACAGUAAAAUGAGAAAUGUUCAGCAGCAGCAUCAAAGAGCUGUAAGAAGGGCUGUGAGGGCAGAGGCCUGUGCUGAGCAGUGCCUCAGCACAUUAAAGAUGCCCUGAAGGAGUGACUGUUCUGCUAGGCAAGGACUUGCGGCGCUGCAGCAAGAGGAACAGAGUCAAAAAUCUUGGCGCUGCACAACCGCGGGGUGUUACCUGGCUGAAACCGUGCGCUUGGAAGUAGAGCACCCAUGUUUUUGUUGACCAUGAGAUUCUAGUACAAAUAGUAUUGUGGUAAAACUAACAUCUCUUCCAAAUCUAAUUUGUAAGAACCACAGUAGAAAAGGCAGUAAUUUGAUCCAAGAAUCCUGUAUUUUUGAUCUGCAGUGGCUAUACGGACAUGAAGUCAGUUCGUGAGCCAUGCUCAGUUCAGCUUUGGCUAGGAGGAAAAUCAGAUCUUGCAUCCCUGCUGUGUUUGUAGGUAAACAAAACCACACACUUACUUGCAAGCCAAAUAUAUUUUUUUCUAUUUCAUAGCUAAUAAAUAUUUUUGUAUACAUACUUUUUCAAGGAACUAUUUUGAAAAGCUAAGAAAGAUGAAAAUACUGUGUAUUCCUUAGCUAAAUUUCUGUAAAACUUACUUGGGGAAUUAAAAACAAUAGGGCAAAAUUCAGCAACAAUAGUAAAUAGCAGGUGUGUGGAAAUAUUUUAAUAUAUUAGUGAUAAGAAAUCCAAUGGAGCAGAAGGGACCAAAGCAAGUAUAUGGUUGCACUUUCAAUUUAAGACAAUUUAAAAAAAAAAAAACUUUUUCUCAAACAAGCUGCUAACCUGGCUCUUCCUGGGUGUCUGUGUUUUGAAUGCCGAUAUGACCCAAGUCUGAUGUGGUUGUUUCAGAAAAAUGGGGUGUGCAGGGAGGUAGUUGGCCAAAGCUCCUUGUCACUAGGAAGUGUGAUUGGAGCUGCAGGGACGAGCCUGGAGUCUUGAAAAGGCUCCCGUAGGGUUGGGCAGCCUUGUUGCAGGUACCGUAAUGGCUGGCUGCUGGCUGCUGUGCUGGAGUAAGCCGUGCUUCUGAAGCCAGCAACAGGAGCAAAGUAAAGCUGUGGUUAUCUGCCUGGAGAAUGCUAAACCUAGAACGCCUCUGAAGAAAAAUCCACUCCUGCCGGUGUGUGGAUGUGAUGCGGCACAGCCUGCGGGGCCCGGGAGCUGCCCGGGCACUGGGUCCUGCCUCCCUGGCGUUUGCCCACCAGACCCGACGUCCCCUGGGCGCAUGAAGCCAGGUGAGUGAGGCUCUGCUGCCCCACCGCACCUCCCCAGCAGCCCCACAGGGACCCCUCGUGCGCUGCAUCAGGAUUGGGGGUGGAAGACCUCGAUUCUCACCUGUCAACCUUCUCGUUAACCUGGUAUGUGAGGUGAUGUGAACGCUCGAACCGUGGUUUUGUAACAGCUGCCACAGUGCAAUCGUGCCGCCUCUGUUUGGAGAGCCCCUCCCUGGGCCCAGCAGCACCCUGUCUGCCAAACCUCCUGGCUGCUGGGAAGGGAAGGGGCCGUACGGCUCCAUAAACUGGAUAAUAAAUGCAUGGUUCAUCACGGAGUGUGGGUUCCUUUAAUUAUCGUGUCCUGCAGAGUUGUCUGGUUGCAUUUGAAGAUCUUUCCUGAGAAAUGAAAAACCUACACUGAUUUUAUCGCUGGGUGCUUGUGGCGAGUCCUCAUCCAGUAACUGCUGGCACGGGAGCACCCUUAAGUAUGGGAGCGAUCCGCAGAGCAACUCCAGGAGGGCUUUCCUGGGCUGCAGCCUGUGGGAAAAGGCAGGAGUUAAAUCCUGUCCCCUCCAUGCAGGGCUCUGAUGUGGCUCAGAGCUAUCAAACAGGAAUUUGAUCCCACUCUUCACUUUUCUUCACUUUUGUAUGAGGCCCAAGUCUGCAUGCCCUGCAUCCCCCAGCUGCUGCCUCUGCUCUGCCCACGGCCAGCCUCUGGCUGGGAGAGGAAAUGGGGAGCUGGGGCAGCUACAGCUGCGUUUUCUCACCGAGAUUUUUUUCCCCUCAGUUUCAGGUCAAUUUACUCAUUUAACAAAGCUGAGUGCCUUCCGUGCCACAUCAGGUAACGUUUUAUUCCGUGUUUACAGCAGUCUCCUUUUUUUCACAGGGCAGCCUAUGUCCUUGCUUUCUUUAUGCGGGAGCAAAUCUCGUUUGCUUAUUUCUGGGGGUGACAGAGAUGGGCAGGUGUCAGAGCAUGGGUGUUUUGUGAUUUCAGAGGGCUGUUCUCAUGGCAGAGCUGCCAGGCAGACAACCCUUCUGCUUUCCCUCAGCGGCUUUGUGUCUGGCUCCGUGUGCCAGGCCCCUGGUCUGCGAACCGGGGCUGGAUCUUGGCUGUUGCCUCCCUGCGGCAUGGCGAGGGAAGGGAGAAGCCGCAGAAACACCUUUCGGACAUCCCGGGGGCACAGCACCACCACACACCCAGGCCCUGGCUACAUAUUUCUGUUAGCUUCUAGUAGUGAAACCGUCAGUGCUUUCCUAUGAAUACACCUAUGCCUCAGCUACAAAAAACUCGGUGUUAUCCCCCUCUUCUACCAGUGCUAGUAAGUUGGUCAUUUUGCAGAGAUUUUACUUUUACAUUUUUUGCCAUGGCUCCGUGGCAAGGAAAGGCCUUUUGGUUUAAACAGGAAAAGCAAUUAGGAGGAUCCAUGUGCAGCUUCAGAAGUACAUAUUAAGCCCCAGAAUUAACCUCCUGCAAAUUAAUUUUGAAGAGCAUUCAAGAGUCUAGCUCAUUUAUCUAAGAAAAUUAAUGUUUUGCUAUUUCUUUUACAGGUCAUUUGCAGCUAAAGUUAACUGCCCGUUUUUUUAGUGAGAUUGAUGUGUGAAGCAGCAAGAAAUUGUUUUCCACAUUUUGUACAUUUGUUAGUCUGUCUUUUGAGUCACUGACCUGUCUAAUCAGCCUUGGAUUUGAAAGUCUGCAGUAAAAUGGGUUCUGUGUUUUUCUUUUCCUCUUGCAUAAACUGUGAACUAAUUUCUUUUCCAAAUGUGGCGUUCACUUCUGGAACAUUUACAGUAAUCAUUUCCCACUGAUGAGAAUAUAACUCAAAACACCACCUCCCAACAGCGUCAGAAGAAUUUUGUAAUUAUUUUUGUGAAUAAAAUGUUUGUUGUAGAUGUUAACGUUGA